UCCACUUGCGGUUCUCCCUACGCCUCCCUCUGUCUCGCCAUAUUUGGCUUCCCCUCACUCUCGCGCGGCACCUACCCCGCCCUUUCUGGCGGGAAGCCCUCCAAACCGGUAGAACUUCGUCAAGGGAAACAGAUAAAACAAAUACACGGGCCCAGCGAGGCUGAUAAAACUUUGCAAAACUAGAAACAAAAAAGGAAAAACUAACCAACCUCAACCAACCAGCGCCCUGCCUGCUGGGGGCGCCGUCCUACGUCCUGUCGCACAAUCAUACACACAAAAGGCAGUGCGCCGGUGCCAGAGACCCGGAGCCGCCAUUGUCCACAGACGGGGGAGCGGGAAAUACGGACGCGGCCCUCACAGAUAUGGAGACAGGAGUCCCCGUGAAGUUCGAACCCCAGGAUGAGAUGUCUGGCUUUCAGGACAGCCUAGUCUUACAGGUACCACCUCUGCCAAACCCACUGCCCUGGGCCGUGAAUAUGCCGCAGAUGCCCAGACAAGGGAGCCCAGCCAGCAUGCUGACCGAAAUGGCGGCUGACGACCAGGGUGGCUUUGACGGCUACGGCGGUAACCAGCAGCAGCCGCAACAGCAAAUCCAGUGCAUGGUGUGCGGGGACAAGGCAAGCGGCAAGCACUACGGCCAGUCCACGUGCGAGGGCUGCAAGAGCUUCUUCAAGCGCAGCGUGAAGAAGAACCUGAGCUUCAGAUGCCAAGCCAACCAAGACUGUCGCGUCGAUCAGCACCGUCGCAACUGGUGCCAGUACUGCCGCUUCAGAAAGUGCCUCGACGUCGGUAUGAAACCAGAAGCAGUGCAAAGCGCCAGGAGAGCGCCCACCCAGCCAGCCCACGGGCCAUCUGCGCUGACCACCCGGCAACCCUCCGACUGCUAUCCGAACCUGUCUCGGUAUGUUUCUCUGCUCCUCAGCGCGGAGCCCAACCCCUUGCCUUGGUCAAGCUGCCAGUUCAUACCGCCCAAUACCAUCCUCAGCCUCGAGGACAUUUGCGAACAGGCUGCGCGGAUGCUCUUCGGCGCCGUGGAAUGGGCCCGGAACAUACCCUUCUUCCCAGCCCUGCCGAUCAGCGACCAGGUGGCCAUGCUUCGCCUUACCUGGUGCGAGCUGUUCACGCUGAACUGGGCGCGGUGCUCCAUGCCACUCCACGUGGUCUCGUUCCUGGCCUCGACCUGCUUACACAACACGCCCAUGUCUUCGGACCAAGUUGCCGUCUUUAUGGACAACGUCCGGAUCUUCCAAGAGCAAACCGAGAAGCUCAAAGCUCUGCAAGUCGACCCCACCGAGUACAGCUGCCUCAAGGCCAUCGUCCUGUUCACUUCAGAUGCCAGCGGUCUCUCCGAUGCGGCGCAAGUGGAAAGCUUGCAGGAGAAGUCCCAGUGCGCCCUGGAGCAAUACGUUAGGAACCAGUACAAGGACCAACCAACGCGAUUCGGAAAGCUUUUGCUUCGCCUCCCUUCCUUCCGCACCGUGUCCUCCGCAGUCAUAGAGCAGUUAUUUUUCAUCCACCUGGUAGGUAAAACCCCCAUCAAAACCCUCAUCCGGGGUAUGUUACUGUCAGGUAACAGUUACAGCAGUAAUAACUAGCCGUACGUGGCACUUCAAAAAAUAAGUCAAAAUAAGAAUGGGGCAGGGGGCUGAAACGGAGAGAGCAAAAAGGUAGACUGGUUUCUUUGCUUAAUACCGUUAAAGGAUAUAAAAGGGAUGUUACAAGUUUGCCAGAAGAAGGGAGGGAAAGAAUUUAAUGGACUGUGAGUUUGAAAAAAAAAAAAAAGAGAGACUGUCAAAUGAACUUUUACAGAAUUCCAAAAAAACCCCACAAAACACCAAAAAACAAACAAAAAUAAAACACACACACACACACACACACACACAAAACAAAAACAAAAAAACUGAAAAAUUCCUAUGUCGGAACAGCCUGCUACUUAUUUUUGUAUAAAAAGGAAAUUAGUCUUGCUCUUGUUUUGGUAAACUUGUGAAAAAUAUUGCCCAAAGCGCCUUUAAGGAGAUUGGGAGAAAAUGUGCAGAAUGGAGAGAAAGUAAGCCUUUUUCCCCCAAAUUAUUAACUGUGUUUUAUCUAUGUACCUCGAGCUGUUGUCUUCUUGUACUGUUCUAGUUCCAAACCACUUUAUUCUGUGGCUCUAUAAUACGUUUUGAUAUAAUCUUGGUUUCUUAAAAUGCUGUGUAUCCUUAAAAUGUAUGUUCUGCAAGAAUUAAAACUGAGUCCAUGAAAAUAUCACAGGAAGACAUAAAACUUUAAAAGGCAAUUCCAAGAUGAUGGAAACACACAAGUGGUGUCCAAAAACGUUAGAUGAAAUCGAGCACUCUAAUUUGAGAACUGGAGGAAUCACAUACAACACUUAGCUUCCCUUAACCCUGCCUCUUCCCUCAAAAGACACUAUGACAAACCUAGAUUUUUAAAAACACUUUAGAGGAUGGACUGUAGGAUUUAUUGGCGGCAAUAAAUGUGUCCAAGACGCAUGCUGUCGUUUUGAAUAGAAAGUGAACGUUUGUACUUUGAGUUGAGCCCCAUUUAGUUCUUGAAUUGUUAUGGAAAUCCUAUAUUUGUGUAUUCGGAAAUCCUUUAUGUUAUAAAUGCUGAUAUCAUCCCCCCCUUUUUUUUAAAGAAAUGUAGUUGAAAUCAGCAUGACAGAAUAAUACUGUUGGCACUUAUAGGUAACAUGAUUCAUUCGGUAUCUUCGAGUUUACAGUUAGGUUUGGUUUUGUUUUUUUUAAGUGCAAUAUGUCAGUAUACUGUAAAAGAUAUAAUAACUGAAUUAUUUGAUCAAGUGUUAUAUUCCAGGGGAAAAUGAGAGUAUUCCAAAAUUAAAGUAUUAUUUAUUUGGUAUCUUAAAAAAAAAAAUCUUUUGCUGAGCAGGCCUAUACCCCAAAUGAGAGUAAACCAUAUAUCCUAGGCCCGAUCACCCAGAUUCCAUACAACACAAACCCAUCCGUUUUGAAAGAGCCUUCCAAAAUUUCAUGGAAACAAAUACGUAGACACAAUCCAUCAAUUUCUACACGCAGAGAAAUUUCCUUCAGAAUUGUAUCUUCGGAUUUUAAGAAAGUAGAAAAUAGGGAAGGAUGACAAGCAAGUCAUGAAAAACUGGGGAACAAAAAUCUCUCUGUGAUCUCCCAGGUCAGAAAGAUCUACUUGUUGGUAUGGGGUAAAAAAAAAAAAAAAAUGAAUACAAAAUUUACAAAUGCCUGAGAGAAAUCAUCUCAAGUAUAAGCGGUUGAACUGAGUUACAAAAUCUGGAAAAAGAAAGUUACAAAAUGGCUGUGCAAUUUUGGUCCAAAAGGUGCUACCUUUGUCUAAUGUUUCAGAGCCAGAGUUUUUUCUUUCCAUGCAGAAAUGAACACAUCAAAGCUCAUUUUUUUUAAUUGCAGUGUAAAGUGAGGUACAACGUUAGUUUUGUGCGUAUGACAUGAUGAUCUCACAUCCUUACCAACCAACACUUGUUAAUUUUUGUCUUUUUGAUAAUAGCCGUUUUGACAAUUGGGAGGUGACAGCUCACUGUAGUUUUGAGUCAUGUGUCCUUAAUGAUAGGUGAUGCUGAGCAUCUUUCCACGCACCUGUUGGCCAUCUGUAUGCUUCGGUGGGAAAAGGUCUAUCUAUUCCCACAGAAUAGAAUAUUCUGUUCUGCUUGCUUUUGAACCACAUUGCUUGGGUUUUUGUUGUUGUUGUUGAGUAAUAGGAGUUCUUUAACUAUUUUGAUAAUAACCCCUUCAUAGAUAUAUGAUUUGCAAGUAUCUUUUCCCCUUCAGUAGCUUCCUUUUUUAUUUUGCUCGAUGGUUUCUUAUCUAACUGUGCACAAGCUUUUUGGUUUAAUGUGGUCCCAUUUGUUUAUUUUUGGUUUUGUUGCCAUUACUUCUAUAGUCAGAAAGGACAAAAUGAUAUUGUCAAGGAACUUCUCACCUAUAUUUUCUUCUAGUUUUAUGAUUUCUGGUCUUACAUUCAAAUUUUUCAUCCAUUUUGAGUUCGUUUUUUCCCCCAUUUGUUUUAAUGUGCAAAUAUUUGUUUACUGGACUUGACAAAUGUAUUAUGGUAAGAUAUGAUAUGAACAAUGUGAAAAACUGGAUGGGAAUAUAUGAAAUCUCUAUUAUCGUUGCAACUUUUCUGUAUAUGAAAUUAUUCCAAAAAUAAAGUUCUUUAAAAUCUU